ACACUCCCCCAAAAUCACUGGGCUCUGGGGCAGGGGCAGGAGAAGCCAGCACACCCUACCAAACAGCUGUCGCGCCAAGCCAGGGGACCCGAGUAGUAGGACGACGGUGGUUGAGGGACGGGCCAAUGUGUAGCCGGGGGGGAUGGCGUCCAUGACAUUCGGCCAAAAGACCUUCACGCCCACCCCGCCACAGAAAGGCAGUUUCCCCCUCGAUCAUCAGGGCGAGUGUAAAAAGUUCAUGCUCAAAUACAUGCUGUGUCUGCAUGAGAACAAAAAUAAAAAUUCUUUGUGUCGUGAGCAGUCACGAGAUUACUUGGCUUGUCGCAUGGAAAAAGGUCUGAUGGCUCAGGAAGAGUGGGACAAGCUAGGAUAUUCUGACCUGGAAACACCCAAGAAUCACUCCACUUGAA